UUUCUUUUUAUUUUGCUACUUUCACCAACCUCUUAAGAGUUUUAGUCCUAAAAUACAAAAUUAAAAACACGAACAGAAAACAAAAUCGUAUUUUUAAACAUUUAUUUUCCUUCUUUUGUUACGCCUGUCUAUAUAUAAUAAUUUCAUAACAUAUCUUCCUUUUUCUCCAGUAUAUAUUUCCACUUCUAAGCUCUUUUCCACUCCUACCAAUAAUAAAUAUAUCAACAACUAUAAAUUAUAACUCAUAAUCUUCUUCAAAGUUCAGCUCAAUUCUUUCAGAUUCCACUCUAAAUAUUUGAAGGGAAAAAAAAAGGUAACAUAAGAUGGGUAAACAAGAAUCAGAAAGGGUGAUCAAAGGGUGGGCUGCUAGAGACUCCUCGGGCAUUCUUUCGCCGUACUCCUUCCCUCUAAGGAAUACAGGAGAAGAAGACGUAUACAUAAAAGUACUGUCCUGUGGAAUAUGUCACACUGAUCUUCAUCAGGCCAAGAAUGACCUUGGCAUGUCUCGUUAUCCCAUGGUUCCUGGACAUGAGGUGGUGGGUGAAGUGAUGGAGGUAGGGUCGAACGUGAGCAAGUUCAAAGUAGGUGAUUGCGUCGGAAUUGGGGUGAUCGUUGGAUGUUGUAGGAACUGCCACCCUUGCAAGUCGGAAGAAGAGCAAUAUUGCAACAAGAAGAUUUGGUCUUAUAAUGAUGUCUACACCGAUGGCAACCCCACGCAAGGUGGCUUCGCCACUAACAUGAUUGUAGAUCAAAAAUUUGUAGUGAAAAUACCAGAAGGGAUGGAACCAGUCCAAGCGGCCCCACUAUUAUGUGCAGGAGUAACAAUAUUCAGCCCACUAAAACAUUUUGGGUUAAACAAGAGUGGGCUAAGAGGGGGGAUUUUGGGCCUUGGUGGUGUGGGCCACAUGGGAGUGAAAAUAGCCAAAGCAAUGGGCCAUAAUGUGACAGUCAUAAGCUCAUCUGAUAAGAAAAGAAAGGAAGCAUUGGAUGAUUUGGGUGCUGAUCAAUAUGUGGUUAGCUCAAAUGCUGAGAAAAUGCAAGAAUUGGCUGACUCACUUGACUAUAUUAUUGACACUAUUCCUGUGUUUCACCCACUUGAGCCUUACCUUCCUCUCUUGAAGUUGAAUGGCAAGUUGAUUUUGAAUGGUGUUAUUAAUACUCCUCUUUCUUUUCUCACCCCGAUGGUCAUGCUUGGGAGGAAGUCCAUUACAGGAAGCUUUAUAGGAAGCAUGAAAGAAACAGAGGAAAUGCUGCAAUUUUGCAAUGAAAAAGGUGUGACUUCUCAGAUUGAGAUCGUUAAGAUGGAUUACAUUAAUCAAGCAAUGGAAAGGCUCGAGAAGAACGAUGUUCGAUACCGGUUCGUUGUUGAUGUUGCCGGAAGCAGGCUUGAUGGUUAAUGAGUUUACUUUUGCUCCAUGAAUUGACUUAUUCUGUUCGUUCUUGAAAGAAUACUCCUCUGAAGUAUUGCGUAGUUUUUCUUUUGCCUGUAAUUGAUGAGCGACACUUUUUACUUGUUAUAUUUUCUUUUCUUCUUUUAUGAACUUGAUUGUAUUCUAUUUUGUGAAGUAAUACAAUGCUAAAAUGUGGUCUUUGUAAA